UCUCGAAAUACACGCACUUCGGAACUUUAGCUUAGUGUACCUGUUUGAGGACGACUGACCAUUCUCAUAAUGGUGAAUUUAGGCGAUACUUUCCCUAACUUUGAGGCGGAAACAACUGCUGGAAAAAUCAAAUUCCAUGAUUUUAUUGGCGACAGUUGGUGUAUCCUGUUCUCCCAUCCAGCGGACUACACCCCAGUAUGUACAACAGAACUGGGCAAAUGCGUGGAGCUUGAGCCCGAGUUCAAGAAAAGAGGAGUCAAGAUGAUCGCUCUGUCCUGUGAUGACGUUCCAAGUCACGAGGGCUGGUCAAAGGACAUAUUGGACUACUGUAAAUGUUCCACAGGAAAGCUUCCAUACCCGAUAAUAUCGGAUAAGAGCAGAGACUUGGCCGUGAAGCUUGGUAUGGUAGACCCGGCAGAGAAAGACAACGCUGGACUUCCUCUAACGUGUCGAGCGGUUUUUAUCAUUGGCCCUGACAAGAAACUGAAAUUAUCAAUGCUGUACCCGGCAACCACAGGACGUAAUUUCGCGGAAAUUCUUAGGGUUAUUGACUCCCUCCAGUUGACGAUGAACAAAAAGGUGGCAACCCCUGAAGGAUGGAAGGACGGUGACAAGUGUAUGGUUCUGCCUUCCAUUCCUCAAGAAGGCAUAGAGAAGGUCUUCCCACAGGGUGUUACCGUCCAACCCGUACCCUCGGGGAAACCUUAUCUUAGGUUCACACCCCAACCAAAGUAACUCCACCAUCGGGGAAACCUUAUCAUAGGUUCACAUCCCAACCAAAGUAACUCCACCACAACAUCCUGUGUAUGAACUAUUCUGCUAAAAAAUACACGUUGUUACUUAUUUUUGCACUCGUUGAGACAUGUUUCUAACGAAUAAUGUAAUAAAUGAAUGUGAAUUUGAUACAA